CACCCAUAUGAUUGUUGAACUGAAGAGAAGAUGGAGCUUGUACAAUGAUAGGGCAAGCUCUAGAAGAUGUCCAGAAGAGUUCAAUCAAGCUUCAGAAGUGUUCUGAAGUAGUUAUCUUGUGAAGAUAAGUCCAGGAGGGACUUAGACUGAUCAGAAGAAGGAGGAAGAGUAUUGGGCAUAAAUAGGGCGAGUGGUACGGACAGGAGAUCCGUACCAUCGACCGUACGACCACACCUCUCGACCACACAUCCGGGAAACUCACCAGAAGCUGUGCAAACUUAGGGCGUUGGUUUCCAAGAGCAAUCAGACGACCUUAUCUUCUUUGUGACUGUUGGAAAGCAAGGGAAAGGAGAGAGGGCGUGGUCCAAGGACAGCCUGUCAUGAGAUGUAAAGGGAAAGCAAGUUGGACCAUGAAUCUAGACACAUAUGUGAGUAAAGGUUCAUGGGAGCCUUAGCAUAACCAAUCAGGCAGCAGCUCCUCUCCACCAAUCAGCUACCAUCUCGUGCUCCCUUUGACCAGAAACAAGACUACAUCCAAGCCAUCCAUUUCUCAAGUCAUUUCUAUCCAUUAGAUUAAGGGUUUAUGAUUGCAAAGUGUAAAAGCCUAUAUAAGGCAUUGUUGUGAACGUUUUGUAACUCCUAAGGGAGUAAGGGGGAUUUCCCCUCUCCACUUCAUAAAUGAUAAACUUGUUCUUGAAUCUCAAACCCUAAUCUCUAAUCUCUUAUUCUCCUAAUCUCUCAGUCUCUUAAUCUUUGUUCCUAAGUCUCUUAUUCUCUCAUAAACACUCUCAUCAAUCUCUCUUCAUAAAUCACCUAGAACAAGCUCUCAUCUUUCUCCAUUGGAGUAUUCACGCACACAUACAACAAGAGAAGAGAACUCUACAAAUCUCAUAUGGUAUCAGAGCCAGGUUCAUCAGAACCUGAGCUGAAGCUUCCGCAAGUCCACAGCUCACGCCUCAGCUCAAAACCAAACCAUUGAUGCUUUCCCAUCCAGUUCAGUCCCUUAUGAAGAAGAAGGCUGAAGCUUGGCGAGUUCCCUUGGUUCCUCAUCCUGUUCUCUACCUGCUCAGAUGGAGAUUAUCCUUGGAGGCAAAGGUGUAUGGAGAGGCCUAACUAACCUGACUCCAAAGCUCCUUGUCCAAGAGAAGUUCCACAUCAGGCUAAAAGAGUAUGGUGCCAAGAGCUUGGCGCCUAGAUGUUCUGAAGAAAGGAGGGGUCUUUUGAGUUGAUGGUACAAGAUGGUGGCCAUGAACUGAAGGAGAAGGAGGUGGGUGAUGAUCUAGACUCUCAGUUCCAACAACAGUCAUGGCCGGUUUCACAAAAUGCAAAAGGAAUCAACCUGGUUCCUUGUUGUAAGCAAUUCUAUAAACCAUCUUGAUAAUGAGCUUGUGUUGUUGACUGGUUGUGAUGUUGUAAUGUGAUUGAAAACCUGAGGACUGUUUAAAAGAUUACUAAAUGAAAUAAAAUGAAUUUAGAAUCUGUCCCAGGAUGCUUAAAGAGCUUGGUUCCCUAGUAAUCCUUUAAGUGUACUAGUUAUACUAAGUUUACUAGCAGUUGUGUAAGCGCUUUAAAAGGACUAGUAAUUUAACAGUAUUACUAGGAUUACUAGGUAUGUUAAUAUGCUUAUCUCCGGUUCAUAAUGAUGCUUGUUGUGAUUGAUUGAAUCUGCUUGCAUACAUGGAUUGAAACCGAAUUGAAAGCUGUUGCAUAUAGUCUUGUGGCUGUCUUACAUUGAAGCAUUAGAUUCAUGUCUAAAUGCUGAGUAAAGAAGCUUUAAAAUGCCUAAGUAGCUUGCAUAAACUGAAAAAGAAAAUGCUUGUGCUUAGAGAGAUUGCUUGCAAAGAUAGAACUUGAAAAUGACUUGUUUUAAUUCGUUGCAAUGCUUGUGAGAUUGGGAAUCAAACUUGAUGAUUAAUCAAGGAUUGAUCCCAAUACUCUUGUGUCUUAUCCUUGCUGGAGUUUGAGUGGUGUUUCAGGUUCACAAGAAGUGUUCUCUGCUCACCUCCUAUCCAAGACAAGAGGAAGACUUGAACCAUUGUGUGGAGCAAUGGGAAGAUACUUGUGUGUAGAAGCUGGUUUAAGAAGCGCAGGCCACGAGGUUGUUGAGCUCCUGGUUCAAGACAUACAAGCGGAAGACCAACCAUUGUGUGGAGCAAUGGGAAGGUUCUUGUGUGUAGAAGCCGGUUUAAGAAGCGCAGGCCACGAGGUUGUUGAGCUCCUGGUUCAAGACACACAAGAAGAAGAAGGUCACCACCUAAGCCAUGAGGAAGGCCGGUGAUCUGAGGGUACUUGAAGCUAAAGGCAAAAGGGUGGAUCAGUGAUUUAAGCGCAGCUGUUAGGGUGAUGUGCUCCUGGUCUUGAAGUUCAUUGAGGCUCAUUUCAAGCUUGGAUCUCACCUAUUCUCGGUCUCAAGCUUGCGGUGCUAAAUAUUCAAAUGAGCAACCUGAAGAGCUAAAGUUCAAGACCUGUUUCCUCCUUAUCAUUACAAUAGAAUGAUAAAAUGAAGCCUGUUGCCAACAUUCUGUGGGAAGUCCACAGCCUGCUCCAAAGAGGGUAGAGAGGAUGUUGUGACAAUGGAGAGAUGACUUGUUGUUCUGUCCAUGGUGGUUCAGUCACCAUAGCCUACACAUCAGAUGAGUGUAGAGAGGACAGUUGACAUACAAAGAAGAGCAUCACCAGGAGGGUGAGGCAAUUUAAACCAAGACCAUCUGGUCACGCAUGGUAAAGACAGCUCUAGGAGGGAGAGGCUUAUGGAGCCAUUGCCUCACGGAUGCUCCAAAGCUCUCCAAGGCUGCCGGUUCAAAUGAAAGCUCAGCAGAUGGUGAAUCCGGUUCCAAAUCCGUAUCUGAGGAGAAGUGGGAACAAGAAGACCUCAAGGUCUUAUCCAUUCUCCAUAGCUCAAUGUCUCCAUCCAUCCUUGAAGCAUACUCAUACUGUGAGAGUGCUAAAGACCUUUGGAGUACACUUAACAAGAUAUAUGGGUACAUCUCCAACCUCUGUCGAGUAUUUGAGAUCAAGAAGUUCAUCAACAUCCUAUCCCAAGAAGAUGAGGAGUUCACUGUGCAUCUAGGCAAGUUCAGAGCCCUUUGGUCUGAGCUAGAGAUGCUUAGACCCCAAUCUGUUGAUCCGGAGGUGUUGAUUGAAAGAAGGGAGCAAGACAAGGUGUUCUGCCUAUUACUCGCCAAGAGGGAUAGGAACAAUCGGUGUGAACAUUGCAAGAGGGAUGGGCACACCAAGGAGAGGUGUUGGAUAUUGAAUCCAAGCCUCAAACCUGCCAAGUUCAAGUGAACCGUGCCCAUGGAGGUUCAAGAGAUCAGCUCGGAUCUCUUGUUUGUAAGCAAACCUCCUAACCCUUA